CCCGAGGUCGAGAAGAAAGGGGACGAAGCGCGCGACCUCGCCGGAGAUGGCGCGCAGGAGGGGCGUCGCUGCGGCGGUGGCGGCGGCCGCGACCUCCCCGGCUCUCGUGGCGGCCGUCUCCUUGAUGGCGCUGGUGUACUACUACACGGUGUUCAUCUUGCUGGACCACUGGCUCGGCCUCGGCACGACGGCCGGCGCCGCCCACGCCGCCGCCUUCUCCCUCCUCCUCGCCGCCUGCUUCUUCUCCUUCCUCUGCGCCGCGGCAGCCGAUCCCGGAUCCGUGCCCUCUGCCUUCUCCCCCGACGCCGAGGACCCGCAGGGACAGGGACUGAAAUCAAGGUAUUGUGACAAGUGUUGCAUCUACAAGCCUGCCCGAACCCACCAUUGUAAGGUCUGCAAAAGGUGUAUUCUGAAAAUGGAUCACCACUGUGUUUGGAUCAACAACUGUGUGGGCUAUACAAAUUACAAAGCCUUUAUCAUCUGCGUCCUGAAUGCAACCAUUGGGUCCCUUUAUUCGUCGGUGAUAUUUGUAUGUGAUCUUCUACGGACGGAGCAUGACUUCCGUAUUCAUUAUGUGAAGAUCAUCCAUAUCUUGGCUGGUGCCGUCUUAUUCUCCUUGUGCUUGACAAUAGGCUCUUUGUUAUGCUGGCACAUCUAUCUCAUAUGUCAUAACAUGACAACCAUAGAGUAUCGAGAGGCAGUUAGAGCGAAGUGGCUUGCAAAAAAGAGUGGACAGAAGUACCGCCAUCGGUUUGAUCAAGGCACGAGGAAGAAUAUUCAAAUGAUCAUGGGCCCAAAUGUUUUCUGCUGGCUUUGCCCCACUGCGACAGGACAUCUUAAGGAUGGCACCGAGUUCCAGAAUACGAACAACUGAUCAAAGACGAAGAACAGCAUUGGUGCAUAAACACAACAUGUAGACGUCCGGAUUUAUCUGCUGAUCAGAUUGAUCAUUUCUGCCAUUGCGUUGUUGUCACCCAGGCAGAGAUGAAGAGCUCAGGAAGUUUCACAAUCUUGUAAAUCAUGUAAACCUCAGCUUAAAUUAUGUGUGUGUGUAUGAUGUAAAGUAGUUAGAGUUUUGAGUAUUGUUGUGUACUUACUGUGCCAUUCAAUUGCAAAUGUAACAACAAUUGUCACAAAAAAAAAUCCGAAGCGGAAUUGUCACAAUUUGUGGUGUGCAAAAGGGAAUGGAAAUUGGAAGUGUGGACGAAA